ACGAAGAAUCAGUUUACAUCUCAAGAACCAAUUGAAGUGAGUGCAGAGUCGGGGACCACAACUACUGCUGCAACCACAACAGAAGCAAGUACGGCGGAAAUAACGAAACCUGCGACCAAACCAGAAGGGAACGCAGCAAAACCAAAUACAGAUGAAUCGGAGAAAGGUGAAACAGAAGGCGACAAGCAAUCUCCUGAUGUUACCGGGAAGAACAAACAGCAACAAAAAGAUCAGGAGCAUCAAGAUAAUUUGAACGGAGUGGCGGAUAACCAACCACCCGCUGCUCCGAAGCAAGCAUCAGCAGAGAAAAGCGUUCAAGAAGGAAGCGGUCCGGGUUCUGGUCAACUACUUCGACGUGCCAGAGAUACCUCCGGUACCGAUGUAACAGUGUACUACAUUUUGGGUGAGUUUUGCAAAGCUACCAUUCGUAUGUACAAAGCACAUAGUAAAUUACUCACCAACAAUCUUAGGAUUACAGCGCGCCCAGUGCUACUUUAUUUGUAG